AUGAAUUCCCUCCUCAGAAAAAGUACAUUCUCCUUCAGGUACAAGGAACCCAGAUUGGAUAGCUUGAAAGCUCUGAGCUCCAAGAUAGCCCCUGUCAAGUACAAAUGCUAUGCGGCCUAUGGGAACAUUCUGGAUUUGAUAGCUCCCACAUUGGAGGAAUUUGAAAGGCUCUUGAACCGCCCCAUCAAAGAUCAUAAUCCGUUCCCCGAGAUCGAAGAAGAAUUUGCCAUGUCCAAGCUAGCAUCUGUGUUAGGGAUCGAGGUAGGUGAAUUGGCAGCCAAUUGGGCCCCGAAGGGAACUGACAAAGGAUUCGCCAGAAAGUUCUUGGAAGGUCAUGCAUGGAGGUUCGCCAAAGAAAAGAAGUGGGAUUCUUGCAUAACAGUGUUAGCAUUGUUGAUUUAUGGGAUCGUUCUAUUCCCGAAUAUUGACAACUUCAUAGAUCAGGCUGCAGUGAAUAUCUUCUUAUCCGGUAACCCAGUGCCAUUUCUCUUGGCCGACUUCUACCAUACUUUCCACACUCUCCAUGAGAAGAAAGGUGGGACUUUCCUAUGCUGUGCUCUAAUGUUGCACAUAUGGAUGAAGACUCACAGGCCGAUAACCGUUCCCUUCGUGUCUAAAGAUCUCUCUUGGUGCCAGAAGUUUGCGUCACUCUCGUCCAGUACCGUCCAGUGGUAUAAAAGGGAGAGGGAAACCCAAAACAUCAUUCUCAGAUGUGGAGGAUUUCCAAAUGUACCCUUAAUCGGCACACAUGGAUGUAUUAAUUACAAUCAUGUGCUGUGUAUGAGGCAGUUUGGGCACACGAUGAAUGGGCCCCAUAAAGAGGAAGACUUAGCCCCUUUUGUCCUCAACACAGUUGAUCCACUCAACCCAGCAAUGAGAAAAGUGAGGCAAGCCUGGAACAAGAUUGUUAGAAGUGGUCCGGAGCUUGGCAAAAAGAACGUCAUUGCUAGAGAACCGUAUGUGAAAUGGGCAAAAGAGAGGGCCCGAGUAAUCAAGAUGCCUUUCUACUACGAGUCCACAUCUCUCCCUCCAGUGCCUGAGCCUGAGCCUAUCUUACAAGAGGAUGUCGACAAACUCACCAGUAAGAUAAGUGAGCUCGAACUAGAAAACACCCGCUUACGAAUCCAACUCAUCAAGGAGAAGCAAAGGGGUGAUGAUCUAAAAGACGAAGGCAAAGAGGUGAAGACCUUGUAUGAGACCAGUAAAAAGAGGGCAAGGGGGGAAAAAGGUAAGAAAGAAUGGGUCGGCGGUGCGCUCCUAGGAGCAAAUUCAGAACUUGAUGGACAAAACAGCGAACUGGACCGAGCAUGGCGUGUUGUGCGAGACUUGGAAAGAAUUCUGGAGCUUACCAAUAGGGAUAAGAAGAGUGCCAAGGAAGAUUACGAAGAUCAGAUCAGCGAAUUGAGAAAGACCAUAAAAGAAUAUCAAGAUCACACAGCCCGAGAGAAACUGGAAAAGGAGAAGAUACACUGA